AUGAAGAUCGGAAAAGAUUGUUUCUUGUCGAUUCUCGUCGAGCUCGGUGUCGUCCUCCUCGUCGCCUUACUUGCUCCGUUGCUAAUCCGGUUCGUUCUAAUCGUUUCCUUCUAACCGUUUCUGUUUCUUUCCAUUUUUUCAUUUUGCUUAUUUUAGCUAUUUACUGCUCCCGUCCGCCGUUCAUCAUCAGUACCCACUGAACGUUGUCUUCCAUACAUGUGACCAUGACUUGCACAGCGUCUGCUCAUAUCCUGCCGCCACUUUGGACUACGAAAAGGUGCGCGCAAAAAUCGUUUAAAUUUCCUCAAAAUCGUUAAAUUUUCAACAAAAAAAAAGCCAUUAAAUGCCACAUAAUUUAAUUUCCUUUCACAAAAAACUGCUGGAAUUCUUUGAAUUCCAAAUACUGAAAAAAAUCUAGGCAUUAAGCUGCAUUUUAUCAGUAAUUUUUCUUUCCAGAACACACUGUUUUCUCCGGACGUCACAUAUUAUCUCAAUAUCCAACUAAAAUUUGCCGAUGUAGCAAACUCGAAAAUGUUGGGACUCUUCCAAAAUGUCAUAACGGUUUCCGAUGGAAAUGGCAAGCUAUUGAAGCAGUACACACGCUCCGCAUAUGUGAAAGAACCCGGAUUGAUUGCGAAAGUACGGAGUCUAUUCAACAGUUUAAUUUUAAAAAAAUUGUUUCAGGCGUCGCAUGUAUUCUUCUUUCCGCUAUACUUUCUUGGGUUCUUCUACGACUACAGCACUCUAACCAUCCCGAUGACUGCCGAUUAUCGAGAAAGUUCGGAUCUACCGUCUACGAAACUCACUUACACCAUUAAGGACAAAUUUGCCAACGUGAGCUUUUUCUCCUAGCACUAAAUAUUAAAAGCCAACUUUUUUUUCAGAUUGAAGACGCAGAGCUAAUUGUCACCGCGCGAUUCGGGCUGAUCCGACAUCUUCUUUACUACUGGCCAACGUCUUCGUUCGCCAUUAUCUUUGUCGUCGUGGUUACAGCCGGAUGCUUCUUGAUAACUGCCAAAAUAGGAUAUAAAGAAUAUAAAGCAAGAUGUAAAGCUGCUAUCGCGAAGGAUAAAGCCCAAAUUUUAACUAAAUUCGUGAAAAAAGAGGAGGAUACGAAAAAGAUAUCUAAAAAAGUAGUAAAGACAGAAGAAGACUCGGGAAUUGUUCGAAGGAGAAAGUAAACAAUAACAUGUUAUGUUUUUCUUUGUGUUUGAAAACCCCAAACAGGUGCAUAUUGUCGGUUAUCUCUCUACUUGCCCAGUGCCCUUUGUUCCACUUUGUUCUACCUCUUUCUCGGUGAUAUUAUAAACAAUUCUUAUUGAUUUACCACCUACAUGUCAAUACUUACUCUUCAUAUGGUUUUAUAGCUAUUUCUAAUACCUUUAUGCUCCCUCUCCCUCAAUUCUUUGUAAAUGGCACUUUAUUUCAGCGUAGUAUGUGGUAAUGUCAGCGUCGUCAUGUCAUUACUGUCUGACCACGCGUCCACACAACAGCCAUGCCUGGGUUUCUGUGGACGAAGUCUUCUGUUCAACAGUUCCGAUGGCGCAGCAGAAACAACAUCUUGUGGACCAUGUCCGUUCGGCUGGCGCAACACCGCCAAGUCGAUUUGCGAGCAAUGUGGUACUCCUCUCGAAGCAUACGACUGGAUGUACCUGCUCUUCGUCGCUCUUCUUCCGCUGCUCCUACACAUGGAAUUCAUUCGGACCGCUAGAAAGUAGUGAGAGCGUGAAAAACGUUCUUCAAAAAUCGCUCCGAACAGUUUGAAUUUCAGCAACAGGUCCCGGUAUUUCGAGAUCUCCGAGCAUUUGUGCGUUGUUCUAGAGAAUGUGAUUGCAUGCGUCGUCUCUGUGCUCAUCUAUCCUCCCACAUUCACCUUUUUACUCAACGGUUGUGUGAAAACGAGCUGGAAAGAAUGGUAGUGGGAAAUCUUGGAAAGUUGAGCUGUAAGAGUGGUAUUUCAGGUAUCCGGCGUGCUACAAUCCUAGAGUAGGCUACACAAACACUAUGCGAUGCACUUAUGAAGUUGUCUUUCCAUUGUAUUCAAUAACAUUCGCCCAUCAUCUUGUUCUGAUCGUCGCGAUUCUAUUACUCCGCUCUACACUCUAUUGUCUUCUUCUCUACAAGACGUACAAUGGACAACCAUUCUACUACGCAAUCGUUUCGGUUCCAAUCUUAGCUGCUGUCCAUUCCGUCUUUGUGAGUUGCUCAUUUUUAUGGUUUUGGACGUUUUUCUGAUUUUCAGGCCGGGUUUUUAUUCUACUCAUUUCCAUGGAUUGUGCUUAUCGGAUCGCUUUGGGCAAUGGUUUUCAAUUUGGCGCAAGAAGUAAAACGGCCUUUCAAAGAUAUGUUAGGUAUGCCUUUAUUCUCUAUCCAUGGCCACAAAAGUCUUAGUUUAUUCUCUUAUAUUUGCAAAGUGUUAUACUUUCUCACGUGGCAACGGGCCAACAACAUUAGCUGUGUUUCUUUUCUUUACGGUCAGAAACAAAGCUAACGUUACUUCGAAGUAACGUUAACCAUAAAGAAAAGAUACAAAGCUAACGUUACUUCGAAGUAACGUUGACCAGAAAAAAAUAAUUCAGCAUGUAGUGAUUUAGUGUUUGUCAAAAAUCUGGUACUAAAAACCUUAGUAGUGAAAAAUAAUUCCGAAAUAUGGUAGUGAAAAAGUAAAUUCGAAGGAAAAAAUGAAUACUGGGACCAAGUUUCAGACCGAUCGGAUCAUCUGGUCCCGAGAUAUGUGGAUCAUUGGCCGAAAUUGGCCGGAAGCCCGGGCUUUUUGGAAAAAAUCGGCCAAUGAUCCACAUAUCUCGGGACCUGACGAUCCGAUCGGGCUGAAACUUGGUCCCAAUGACCCUCAAUCCAAGUCCACCAAUCCUGCAAAGUUUGGGUCCGAUCGGAAUAUUGCAAGUGGUCCAAAAGUCCAGGUCAAUGGUCGGCCAACGAAAAGCCCGUGCCGGCCAACUGCCCAGCCCUGAUUGGUAGUGAAAAAACAUUCGUAGUGAAAAAUCAGGCCUAAAAUUGUAGUUGAAAACCAGUAGUGAAAAAUCGUGCAGUAGUGAAUAAAAUUCGUUGUAAAAACCUAAGUGGCAAAGCAUACGGAGAAGUGGAAAUUAUGAAGCUGGACUUCUCUCAGAAACCUUACAUUUACCUCUGACCUGGCUCAUUUUGAAGAACCCAGUAAAAUUGAACUCUUAUCAAAAAAUCAGAGGCCCCUAUGUUCGAUUUCUGGAGAUAUAUUGAAAAAAUCGAAAGCCCUAUGUAUGAAAAGCCGGGCCGUGGCCUGAAAAUCGUAUAAAUGUUUGCAGUUCGAAUGGUAACAUCUCCGACGCACGUGGUUUUCCUCUCGAUAAUCAUGUUAUUGCUCUCGUUUUCCGUUGUGGCUCUUAUCACGCCACUGUGAGUUUCAGUCUAUUCUACCCUUUGUUCUCUUUGUAAAUGCAAGACAAAUUGCUAACUGAACCGGAGUUCGUUGCAGAGAUUCCGUCUACCGCUGGUUGGCGCUUUGUAUGGUACCUGUUCCGCUCGUCUUUUACAUCGUGACGAUUCCGUUCAGCAAUCCUACCAUGACGAUGCGACUAAUCUGA